GGCAUACUUAUACUCAAUGAUGAUAGUGGUCAAAUAACAGCUACUAUUGAGGCCCAGUAUAGACCUGACCAGACUCGAAUAACAAAAGCUAUUCUUCAGAGGUGGUUGGAGGGAACUGGGAGGACACUACAAUCCUGGGCCACUCUUAUUACUGUAUUGAGAGAGGUGGAUCUCAAUGUUUUAGCAAAGCAUAUCAAAGACAACUUAGCGCAGGAACAGGAUCCAAAUCAUGGGGGCCCCUCUUCAAUCCCAAGUCCCUCACCUAGUGGGAGAGGUAAGAGAAAAAGAAAGGCUGACUCAAGGAGCAAGCCUUCCACAAAGCAAAGAAAAAACUAGCCAUGGCUAACUUCGAUAUAAUUAUGGCUAACUUUGUAUAAGCGUAGCUAAUCAUAAUUAUGCAAUAUAUUAUUCUUUUCCUUGGUGUGACAAACAGAAUAAAAGCCAACAAUUUUG